AACUGACGCUGAGGGCACAGGAUGAAUCUCAAUCUGAUUUUCAUGUCGCAAGACGAUGGGAGAAUGCACGUAAGGCGUCCGAUCCUUUAAUUCAUUUCCACCAAAUUAUAAAUAGCGAGGUGGUUGGGGUUAACAGUGGAUCAUUUAAUGUUAAUAUAUCAAAGAGAAAAAACCGGGAAGGUGUCCAAGGAAAGGAGUUAUAUGAUGAGAGUAUAAGUUGUGAUAGUCUCGAUGCAAAACCCAUAGCAAAGAGAAACAAGGAAAAUAAAAAGAAUUCGGAUGAUAAAAUUAAUAAUAUUAUAGAAAAGCCUCAUCUUAUGGAGUCAAACCAGGAUGAUAGUUUGAUAUUGAAGUCAGCGGAUUCAAAAAUAAACCAAGAGAAUCAGAGUUUGUGUUCGUUACCAUCUGUUCCGUCUUCUAAUAUUAAUUGCGAAGAAGAUGUCGUGCCUGAACAUUACAAUGCCAGGAAACGAACAAAAAAUGUAUAUUCGUGGGAAGAUGCAAUUGACAAGAUUGAUUUUAGAAAUACCUCAAGGAAGAUGUGA